UCCCUGCUGCUUUGCAGACUCCUGGCCUCAGACCCAUCCCAGCUGAGUGAGGAUGAGCUCCCCGGGGAUUUGCAGUCCCUGUCCUGGCUGACAUCCGUGGAUGUGCCUCGGCUCCAGCAGAUGGCCAGUGGGAGAAUGGAUUUCAGCCUGGGGGCCCAGAAUGCCAUGCUCCAGCAGACAGGUGCUGUGGGGAACGCGAUGCACUCGACGCCCGGAGCGAUGAUCCACGUCCAGGCCAGCCUCCCACAGGGAAUCCUGGGCCUCAAUUCCAUUUCAGCACACGGAGCCAAUAUGAGCCCCUACGCCCUGGGUGGGCAGCUGUCCCCUGGUUUGCAAACACAGCAACAGCUCUUUCCGGAGAGUCAUCCUCCUCAUCCUCCUCAUCCUCCUCCUCCUCCUCACUCCCAGCAGGUGUUUGCCCUGGCCCAGACCCCCCAGCAGUGUAACCCAGCAGCAAUCUACAACACCUCUUAUGGGGCACAGCCACACUAUUCCCAGCCACGCCUGGCUCCCCACUCUGCCCAGGAACUGCACCCAAAGCAUUAUCCCAAGCCCAUCUAUUCCUACAGCUGUUUGAUCGCCAUGGCGCUGAAGAACAGCAAGACCGGGAGCCUGCCCGUGAGCGAGAUCUACAGCUUCAUGAAGGAGCACUUCCCCUACUUCAAGACUGCCCCUGACGGGUGGAAGAAUUCCGUGCGCCACAACCUGUCCCUGAACAAGUGCUUUGAGAAGGUGGAGAACAAACUGAGCGGGACGUCCCGCAAGGGCUGCCUGUGGGCCCUCAACCCCGCCAAGAUCGACAAGAUGGAGGAGGAGAUGCAGAAGUGGAAGAGGAAGGAUUUGGCUGCUAUUCACAGGAGCAUGGCUAACCCAGAGGAGCUGGACAAGCUGAUCACUGACAGACCCGAGAGCUGCCGGCGGCCCAGCAAGCAGGCAGAGCCCGAGGGGCCCCCCCUGGGCCGCAUCUCCGUGUCCCAGCUGCAGCCCCAGCCCAUCAUGACGCUGUCCCUGCAGCCCCUCCCGCUGCACCACCAGCUCCAGACCCAGGCUCGCCUCGCCCCCAACUCGCCAGCACCUGCACAAACUCCUCCUCUGCACACCCUGCCUGACAUGAGCCACAGCCCCCUGCCCCACCAUCAUCCCUUGGGACGCGCCCCCGACUUCCCGAACGUGGCGGUGGACAUGAGCACGGAGGUGGAUGCUCUGGAUCCAAGCAUCAUGGAUUUCGCACUGCAAGGGAACAUUUGGGAGGAGAUGAAAGACGACAGCUUCAGCCUGGACACCCUGGGUGCCUUCAGCAACUCCCCCCUGCAUCUCUCCGACUGCGAGCUGGGCACGCCCGGCCUCACGCCCGCGUCCAGCGGCAGCGACCGCUCCUUCUCCGACCUGCAGGUCCUUUACACCACCUACACCACCCUGGACAAUGUGGCAGCUGCUCAGUACAUAAACCCCCAAGGGAACAAACCCAUCCCUCUGCUCUGAGCUUGGCACCGUUCCACGGAUCCCGAGGGACGGUUCUUCCCCGCGGUUAAAAUCCGACCGGGAAGCUCCAAGGGCUCGUCCUGCUUUGGGAUGUGUUGGCUGCUUCCAGCGUGUGAGGCCAAAAUAAAUCAAGCUGGGACUCGUAAAACCACUUUCCCCCCAUGGCAAGGGCAUGGACACUUGUGUUGUGGGAUUGGGGAGCUCUCCAGAAGGACCUGGAAGGCAGCAGGAACUUUCACUGGAAUGUAACUGAGCUAAAAAUCACCAAGUUAAGGGAAUUAAAUUUAUUCCACGCUGUGGUGGAGCUGCUGUGUCACCACUGUCACAGAAGCCACCACAAGCCAAGGGGCUGGCCAGCCCCAAGUUGGUUGAUUGUGCCCCUGGUGUGUCAUUUUUUUCUUAAUUUGCCAAAUUGGACAAAGACCUCCCCCAGUUCCUGGAGAUAUUUGCACCACUAACACUUUUCUGAUGUAACUGUUGUUAAUUUAUUGUUAGGAGGUAGAAAAAAAGGAGCAAAACCACUAAAAAAGGAAAACUCACCUCCCUAGCAGACCACUGUUAUAUCUAGAUUUGUAAAAGUCUUCACCCCUGAAGGAAGUGGUACUACUGAACUAUUAAACUAAUCACUGGCUAGAGGAUUUUAGGAAUUAUGCCAAUUUUUAGGAUUUUUAAAAAAAAUAGAUUUAUAGUCUUGUGUAUUGUGCUUCUGUCUAUUCUUGUGCUAGGCAGUAUUACUAUUUGUAAAUUUAUUUAUAUUUAUUGUUAUGAAAAGAAAUUAUGUGAACUGAGCACUGUUCAAUUUGUAUAAUGCUGCAGUAACCUGUUUUACAGCCACUAAAUUAUUCAUCAUCAGAACCACAAGCAUCUUAGCAGUUUUGACACUACAUUUCUUUAAUAAGCACUUUUGAUACUGUGAAACUCAUGCUUUUGAAAAAAUUCAGAGACCAAAUAUUGUCACUGUACCUUUCAUAAUAGUCUUUGCUAAUUAACUAAAAAACCUGAUUCUAAUGUAGCUUUUAAAAAAAUUUCAAACCCUGCUUUCUACUUGUUAACAUACAUUGCAAAUAAUGUGAUGAAACAUCUGAAAUAUGUUGGAAUUUAGCAUUUAGUCUACUUAUACCUCUGUGAGCAAAAAGUGAUAUUUAUAUCUUGGGUUUUGUCUGUUCCUGUGCAUUCAGAGAAUUUCCCGGUGCCGUAUCCAGGUGCUCCCAGGCUUUUCUCUCCCACACCCAUCCAUGGAUUAAAGCUGGAGGGUGCAGGAUGCUGGAGUGGCCCCACAGGGCACUUUCUUGCUUGAAAAUAUGAAGAUCAGGGGCUUGGAAACACCUGUGCCUGUAUCCUCUCAGUGCAUCCCUCCCUGGCAACCUCUUCCAAAGGGCACCAAGAUGCUCCACGUCAUAAUUUAUUGUCCAAGGACAAAUGUGAUGAAUGAUCCUUUGCUGUGACUGGUGUCACCUAUGAUGUCUUUGCUUUUUUUUAAAUAAACAUUUCUUAGCACUACACCUGGGGCAUUCUGGAUGUGCUGUGUGGUGCCUGCUCUGGUGUCAUGCUGGGUUUCCCCAGGCCUCAUUCCCUUUACAGACCCUAUGGCCAAAUUGAAGGUGGAUUCUUGGCUCAAAUCCUCCAAGAGAACAAGAGUUUACAGGCAUUUACUGUAAGAGUUUAUAGGUAUUUACUCUAAGAGUUUAUAGGUAUUUACUCUAAGAGUUCUUCCUCUGUGGUGUCACCCUGUUCCUGAAACCCUCUGAAAUGCCUGGAAAAGCUCUGGAGUGGGAACAGGGGCUGGCAGGAGGGAUGCUCAGAGCUGCCCCACCCCAAACAGGUCCUGUGCCACAGAAAAGGGGCUGCCCAGUGCCAGACACACCAGGACAAUGACAGGACACAGGACAAUGACAGAAGACACAGAGGUCAGGGAGUUCCCUAGGAGCUGAGCUCACUUUAUUGCCUGUCAGCAGUGACACCUUCCAGCCAGGAAGUGGCUCACAAGACCCUUCCAUCCCCACCCCAGGACAGGGAGACUCCUACAGACUCUGGGGAGACCAGACCAGGAGGUGUCCAACACCUUCACCCCAGGGCAAUACCAGCACUGCACUUGAGCCAGGUGUCCCACCUUCCAUUGCCAUCCCACCUCCUCCUUCUGAGCCCAAGGUAAAUCUGUGCUGGGGAAACGACACAGACAGAGGCACUGGAAAAUUUCAAACUUCCCCUCCAUGACCGAGAUGAUCAAAGGCUACCUGAGCAGCAGGGUACAGGUCCCACCAGGUGACAGCUCCCCCUGGGUCUGCUGCUUCCAAGGAGGAAUCAGGUCACUGGGGCAGGAGAAGCUGGAGCCAUCCUCCCUCCUCUCCAUGCUCUGCAGGAGCCAGAAAAGACACGAGAUGGGUGAGAGGCACAGCCAGGUCAGCCAAAGCCUGGUGGAUCCUUGGACAUUCCCACAGGAGCAGCUCCCAGAUUAGCUCACUGAGGUCUUCCCUGCACUCAUGGCCACAUCUACUCUUUACCCCACAGCAAGGGGAAGGAUGACAGAAAUUGCUCCUCACAGUUUAUAAAGCAUCACUUGGAGACUGCUUCUCAUUUCCUGGUCUUGGUGCCUGGUCAGCUUGAACCCAGCCAGCUGGACACUGGCCCUGACCAGGGGUCUGUGCCUCCAGCUCUGUUCCAGUCUCAUGAGACGUGUCUGACCUGGUGCUUGUUUGAAAGACCAAGGGCUGGCAACUAAAACAGGAAAAUAUUUUGGAUUCUUUUAAAAACCAAAUUCUGCACCAGGUCCAGAUUCCAGGCUUGGCUCAGGACAAGUUCAUCUUCUGCCAAGCUGCCCCUCUGGCAGCACCCCCAGUGCCAGAGGGAACUCUGCAUGGAUAGCAAGACCAUCUCCAUGGCU